AAGCUUUAUUAGAAGGGUUGAAUACUCACCAAAAAAACCUAACGGCAAGUGGAGAAUGUGCAUUGACUUCACGAGCUUAAAUGAAGCAUGUCCCAAAGACCUACACCCCUUGCCUAAUGUGGAGAAGUUAGUAGAGUGUGUAGCAGGUCACGAGCACAUGAGCUUCUUAGAUGCCAACUCAAGAUAUCAUCAAGUUCAAUUGUGGUUGGACGACCAGGAGAAAAUGACAUUCUAUGCGGGCGAUGCCAUAUACUGCUACGUCAUCAUGCCAUUUGGAUUGAAGAAUGCCGGGGCCACAUAUCAAAAGUUAAUUCAGGUCGUCUUUAAACUUCAGAUCGGUAAGAAUAUUGAAGUUUAUGUUGAUGACAUGAUUAUCACUAGCCUGCAAGCUGAAGAUCAUGUAGACGACCUCAAUGAAACGUUCCAAAACCUACGACUAGCACAGAUGAAGUUAAAUCCUCUUAAGUGUACCUUUGCUAUGGAAUCAGGCAAAUUUCUGGGCUAUGUGGUAUCCAAGGAGGGAAUUGAGGUGAACCCGGACAAAGUUUAGGUCGUCCAACAAAUGGAACCUCCAAACACAAUAAAAGAAGUGCAGUGUC